GGAGUUUCUUGUUCUGUGGGGUUCCUAAUAGCCACCAUGGGAAGGGAUAACGGGCCCUGCUCACCCUGUCACUUUCCUAAGGAGUACCUUGCUUCACAUUGGGAGUAAAACCACAUUUGGGUGUCCUUUGCACUCCCACCACGGCUCCUCCUGGGACAAAGAUUGCCACAGCUUUGUGCUGAGGGAAAUGGGAGUUUUGUUCCAUCUGGAGCUGGCCCUGGCUGUCCAAUCUCACAAUUCCUUUGGGAGAUCACUUCAGGCACCACUGUGGUGGCUAUGGCUGCAUCUCAGCUUCAGCUGGAGAAGGAUCCAGGUGUGCCAGGGUUGAGCAGGUUCUUCAGCCACUGGAGAGAGCUGGAUCUGCAGGGGUGGACUCAGCCCUCCCCAUUUCAGGACCUUUGGCACAAAUAGCCCAUGGGUAUGCUGCUCUUUCUCUGCUGCUGAGGUUAAACACACAGUUUUUAGCAGCUGGUGGAAUGUGGAGGCAGGGACAGCCUGGGUCAUCGCAUCCUUGUUCCCAACCUCUUCCCAACGGAGAGGGUGGGGAGGCCCCUCCAAAAAUCAUCUCCCACCUCUUCCCCUUCUCCCACAGGUGAUUGCAGUUCCAUGCUGGGACCAGCAGAUCCCAGCAGUAGGCAGUGUGCCAUGGGCUGGCACAGGGACCACAGCCUCCGGGUGCAGACUGCUCCCGGUCCACAGCGGAAGCGGCAUUGCCAGCCGAAGGAAUUGGACUGGAAAACCUCAGUGCCUCUGUGUUUGAGUGCUGAGGCUAAGAAACAGCAUGUCUUGGCUUUCAGGGGAUGUAGCAGGAAUGUUCUGUCCUUCCCAAAUAGGAAGAAACACUUGGAAAUAACACGGGAUUCAGGGCUCAACAAUACGGAGGGCAGAGGCUGCUGUGGAGUCAAAGGAAAAGCAAAGGGCUUAAGUUCUGUGAAUCUGAUCCCCCAAAAAGCCCUUGGGAAUGUAGUUCUGAUCCAAGUGAGAUACUACACAAAAUUAGGGUGGUUUCACAGCACUUUGGGGGGACAAAAAUUCAGGAAGGGAAAAUCCAACCAGUAUUAGGAAGUUUUUGGUUUAAAAAAGUUUGUAAUGCAAAAUAGGCAGGUUUUGUUGGAAUUAUUUACUCAGACCGAGGUAAAAAGGGAUUAUUUUAAUGCUUUCUUCAGGAGAAUUUGAAUCAAAAGCUUUUUGUCAUUCCAAGUGGAAGCAGGAAUGCCCAACUCUUAGGGAUGAAGUCACAGGUCUCCACGGGGCUUCAGGGGGAUGAUCCUUGUCACCCUUCCUGGUGCUAAAUAGCACUGAAACAGUUUAAGAGCAGGAAUUUCUCAACAAAAUAGGUCGAGAAAACACAAGGAUUUUUUUUUUUUCAUUAAGUACUGAUUCAUGGUGGAAAUUUCUCUGCCAGGACCAAACAGAUCCGGGUGGAAUUUGAGAUGCUUUGCCCAGAGCUGAAGAUGCACGUGGGUCAGACAAGAAGCAGGCCUGGGCUCUGGCCACCCCUGUGGCGUCUGUCCCCCCCGGGAGGGAGGCUGGAGAGCCGGAGCAGAGGGCAUGUGCUGGGAAUUGGGAGUGAAUUCCAGCGCUGAUCCCUGCCCGCUGGCCACAAAGCCGCUGCCUGUGCUGCUCCUGCUGUGCUUUCCAAGAAUGCCGGCAGGGCUCGGCGGCAGCAGGACAGCUGGCUCCGCAGCCCUGACAUUUCCCAUCAUAAGGAAGCGUUGUUUCCUUGCCAGCUGCGAGGUUUGCUUGGGAAUAGCUGGCGGGAAUGAUUCGGGAGGUGCCCUUGCUGCUCCGUCGGCUCCCUGUGGCAUCCCUUGUUUGGGGCAGGAACGCCAAGCGAAUCCCUGGCCCUGGGGCUCCCUGGAUGCCAGGUGUGUGUCCCCCGAGACCCCUCCUUGCCCUCCCCUCUCCGGGAGAGAUUGAAUCCCUGAUUUCUGUGUGCCAUGCACUGAUCCCAGCCCUGAUCUCCUCCUCUGCCCUUUCAAGAGUGGCCUAUGGCACCGGAAUUCCUUUGUGUCUCCAGGUUUUUCCCUCCCCCUUAGCUCCAGCUGCUUUUAGGAGCUGCUUUGGAGCGAGGUUUCCAUCAUUUCAAAGGCUGGUGCUGUUCAAAACCCCUCCAAUGCUCUUCGAGGGGCUUGGACUUGUAUUUCACGUAAAAUCCUCCUUGUGGUUGAAGGUAAAACAGCCCCACCCUGGUCAUCCCACAGGAUCGCUUUUUGCAGCAUUUCUGGAGGCUUAAGUUACUUCCUCGAUGGGAUUUGUCUUCCUUCCCCCAGCACGGUGCUCUGUGUUCUAAAAUCAGCUUCCCAAGCAGAGCCAUUCCCGCAGCGGGAAGCUUCCCGCCGUGAGGAGCUGUUUGUGGAGUCUGAUGGAGCCUGACAGACAGGGUCUGUGGCUGUGUCCUCCUUCCCAACAGCCAGCUCCUGCGGGAAAACAAAGUGCAGGACACUCUCUUUGGAAGCCACGGGUCAGCAGAGGGAUUUAGCAGCUCCCUCAGGACAUUUGGAUCGCAUGCUCUGCCAGCCGUGAGCUGCCGGUGUUUAUCCAGUGGCAAAGCUCUGGGGACAUGAUGUUCAGGCCCUGGGGUGGGAGGGAAGUGCUGCUAAUUUGCCCCUUCCCUGUGUUUUUUAUCCCUCACAGCUUUGGGAAGGAGUCCUUGAGCUCUGACGUGGAGCCAGAUUUGUUUUCUCAGCGUGAUCCAGCCGCGUGUCGGAAUCCGCUUCAGCUGUUUGCACAGGACAUCAGGAAACCUCUUGGAUUUCUCUUGCACUAGAGCAAAUGGAGAAGCAACUGGGAUCUGUGUCCCUGUGCCUUGUCCUGGAUGUGAAUGCAGAAGUUUCACAGCAGGAUUGGUGUCAGAAGGAACAGAGUGAACCAAGGAAGGGCUGUGAUUCAUGGGAGCCUCUGGCUUGGUUCCCAGAGCAGACUCCUUGUGUCUUGGAGGACUGGCAAGCAUGGAAGAGCCUGACCACAAAUAUUUCACCAGGACACAACAUCUCCUGCACCUUUCCCACCCGGCUCUGCUGCGGAGCACCAGAGGUGGAUCAUGCAGUGAUCACUGCACUGGUGUCACCUGGGAUCUGUGUCCCACGGGUCAGAAGCGUUCUGGGGUCUGAUGGAAAGAGUCAAGAUGCUGCUCAAGGUGUUGCCAGGCUUGUCCGUUCUUCCCAGGAUGCCCAAGGCACAUCCAUGCCAGCUCCAGCGCUGACCGUACGAUUCAUCACCAGGAGAUUCAUUGGAGACUAUGACCCAACCCUAGAAAUGAUCUACAGGCACGUGGCUGUCAUCGAUGGGGAGAUGGUGCACUUCGAGAUCCUCGACACAGCCGGACAGGAGGAGGACUCCCUGCAGAUCGAGGAGAAGAUCAAGUGGGGCGAUGGCUUUGCCGUGGUGUACUCGGUGACCGACCGCUGCAGCUUCGACGAGGUGAUGCGGCUCUGCUUCCUCAUCAACCACCUGCACGCCAGCCCCAAGCGCAGCGGCGCCGCCGAGCAGCCCCCCGUGGUCAUCGUGGGCAACAAGAAGGACCUGCAGUUCGACAGGAUGGUGUCCACCGAGGACGGGGAGAACCUCUCCAAAGCCCUCAAGAUUCCCUUCUACGAGAUCUCCACCCGGGACAGCUACGAGGAGCCGGUAGCGGUGUUCAGCAGCCUCUACCAGGAGCUGCUCAGGCAGGGGCACUUCUCCCCGGGCUCCUUCAAGAGGAGGACAGUGUCCAAGCUCAUGGAGAAGAUUCCCAAAAUGCAAGCCAGCUCCACCCUGAACUCCGCGGGCCGGAGCCUCAGCUUUAACUCCUUCAGGGACUACAUUCCCGAGUGAGCGCCCGGCUCCAGCCCGGGAUGGGGGCGGCUGCUGGGGCUGUGCCGGCUCUCUGGAGGGGAAGGGCAGGAGUGGAGAGGGUGGCACUGGGGUGCAAAAAGCCUGUGGGUUCUUCUUACAAGGAGCUUUGUGCCAGCAGGGAAGGUUUUCUUCAUCCAUCUGAUCCCUUUGUUCCCUCCUCCCCCCUCUGGCAUAGCUGAGGUGGCCCUGGUGACUCCAGUGGUGUUGGGACAACCCUUGGAGGGAGGCUCAGCCGUGUCUUGGUGGGGUUCAGACCCAGCACAGACACAUCUGGGGGGGCUUUCCCCCUCCCCUGAGCUGGCUGGGUGUGUCUGCACCCCAAAUCCAGCACCCACCAUGCUGGAUGACCCCGAGGGCUGUGCUGGCUCCCGGGCUGGCAGCAGCCAUUCCCUGGGGAUGGAGCCUGCUUCCUCAGCGUGGCUGGUGAGUAAAACCCCUGGAUCCUCGAACCCUUCCAGCCCAUCCAGGCUGUGCUCAGCAGCACGGAAACAGUGGAGCCGAUUCCAGAAGCUGAUUGCAGGUCCCCCUCUGUCUGCCCAUCAGCUGCCUUGUUCCCAGAAGGAAAACCACCGUGGCCUGAGGAGUUGUUUUGCACAGGGAUGGGGCAGGAAAGGCAUGGGAAGGAGCUGGGCCUGUGGCUUAUAUUCGUUCCCUCCCUCUGGGUGUUGGGGCUGUGUGGCUGGUCGGGGUGGCUGUGCUGGGACCCUGUGGUGUGACUCCCCUGUCCCCCCUGUUGUGACCGACCCCAUUGUCUGCUGCCGUGUCCUGUGACAAUAAAAGCCAAGUUCCCAACUGCC